GUUUGCCUCUGUACCUCCACGACGAAUGUUUGGCAGUCCGAAUUCUCAGUCAAUACUACGAAUCGUGAACCAUGCAUGUUUCCGGCCAAAAUCUGGCUUGAAAUGUAAUCCUUGCUCACAACAGCGGGUUUAUUCCUGCAUCAACUUGCUUGCACGCCCGAUUAUGAUUCAGGCCCAACCUGUACACCCCGCGUUUGCCUUUCAUCGGAAGAACCGCAGGUUAUUCUUUCCGCCUCGUUAUUUCUCGAGUUCCUACACAAAAUUAAACCAUCCACAAACCGAAACCGAGACGACACCCGCGUUCACGUACCCCCCAGAUCAACUUCUUCAAUCGUUAGAGAUGACUGCGAACGUAAAAUUGCCUCCAAUACCUGCAUCAGAAGAUAAAGAGGUCUUUUGGAGGGCCUACCUACUAGCAAAUCAAAUAAUACUUUAUCUGGGCGCUCGACCUCCAGCUGAAGCCGAAGCUUUUUCGUCUGCUUUCCAAGCAGGUACGGUGUCACCCGAGUCAGAAAUUGCGCGUGGGAGAGCUGCCAUGACGAAAAUAACUGAAAUGUUGAUCGAAACGACGACUUACCUCUCCCCGGAAUCUACGCUACGGUCGGAACACCCUGAGGUACUCAAAUCAUUCGAAAACAUCAAGUUCCUACUGGAAAGCUAUAAGGUGAAGACAGGUCAAGAGGCAGACUUAGAGAGGUGGUCCAGGUUUUUCAUUGGCCUUCGAACGGAGGUAGUUGAAUUGGCGAUGAGGCUUAGGGAUGUCGUUGAGAAGGACCAAAAGCCUUGAUGGGAAGAGUGAAAAGGACGUUCCGGAUUGUUUACUAAGAGUACGUAGGCCAACAUUGGAAUGCUCUGCGUUAUGAAACUCCCGAUAGAGUGAAUGCGUCACAUCCUUAUUCCGUUAUACAGUACAUUGACUGGAGUACGGAUUGGCCGGAAGGAGAAAAUGUCUGCCCAUCCAGUUGUUUGAGCAUUCCGGGAAUACAGUACUUGAAGGAAGAUGCUGUGUGGCAACAUUUUGUUUUGUACACCGCC